AUGUCGUUCUUCGGGUAUCGGAGCUCCUCGAGCCGCGCGGCGCAGCAGGAGACGCACCUGAGCGAGCUCGAGCGGCUGAGGGGGCGUCAACUCGCCAGCCUCGUGCGCGCCGGUGGCCGAGCCAAGAACCAGCACCAAACGACCUUCGAUGUGCCAGUAGCCGACACGCCGCGCGGGCCACUCACUUUGCAGCUCCAGCUGCCGACCGAGUUCCCCGUGAAGGUUCCUCGGCUCAAGGCGUCGAUCCCGGUGCAGCAUCGGUGGCUGGAUGCGGCGGGCAAUGUGCAGGGCCACCCGGACCUGAACAAGUGGACGGCGCACUCGGAUCUGGGGCGGAUUGUCACGGAGAUUGUCACGGAGCUUCGAGUUGUGGCCAGCAGUGCGUCGGCUAGCAAGCCGCCAGUAUCUCCGGCGAGGAGCAACUCGCCGGCGCCGUCGUUGGGGCAGUAUCCUGGGUCAAGAGCCAGCAGCAGCUACGCGUCGCCUAGCCGGCCGUCCCCGCAACCUCAGAUCCAGCAGCCAAAGCAGCAACAGACGCCAGAUACUAGUAAGAUGCAGCGCACGCAGAUGCCCGUCAUCCCCGCGGUGUUUCCAGAGCUGGAGGAACUCUCGCUUGCAGAACUUGAGAAGCUGAACUCGGACAAGCGCGCGCUGAAGAGGUUCGUGAAGGAGUUGACUUCGGUCAAAGAGUUCACGCAGCUGCGAGACGAGGUUCUGCACAGCAACAUGGGCAUCGCCAAGACAACACUCGGCUACGAGAGCGAGCUGCGCGAGCUCCAACAAGUCGUCGAGGCACAGCGAGCAGAGCUGCGCGCAGCACAGCAGGCUCUGGCAGAGAAGCAGGCCAAGCAGCAGCGCAUCGUCGCGCGCCAUCGACCAGACGCGUUGCUGGAGCAGCUCUCCGCAGCCGCGAAGGACGUGGACAACGAGACGGACGAGAUCGCCACGCAGUUCGCGCAUGGCGACAUCGACGUGGCGCAGUUCAUCUCGACGUACCUGCCGCAGCGCAAUCUGUACCACGAGCGCACUCUGAAGCUGGCGCGGGUGCACCAGCACUAG